ACGCCCUCUACGAGGUCAACGGCACCCUCACCGCGUCCCCGGGCCUCGAGCUCAUGACCCAAAUCCUCGGCGCCCCCGUCACGCCCCGCAGCUGGGCCAACAUACUCACCCUCGUCGGCCUCCUCCUCCUCGCCACCGCCGCCGCCGCCCAGCUCGCCCUCCGCCGCCCCAGCAACCGCGCCCGCGCCGCCCGCCUCCGCGGCACCACCGACCCCGGCCUGCGCGGCACCGUCUGGACCGUCCUCCGCGUCUUCCUCACCUACUUCCUCACCCCCGUGGCCGCGUGGUCAACCUACCAGCUCACGGCCGCGGCCUUCCUGCCCCUCUACCACACCGUGCUCACAGCCCUCGUCGUGGCCCUGCUGGUGGCCGCGCUGUGGUGGGGCGUGACGCAGAACUCGCCGCGGAACAUGGGCUACCUUCUCCUCGACGCGUCCAAGACGCCGCAGACGCCGGGCAGGUUGUCGCGCAGCCAGGACCGGUACGCCAUGGCCAUGUUCGCGCUGAUGUUCGUCCGCGGCGCGGCGGUGGGCGGGCUGCAGAUGGCGGGGGCCGGGGUGGUGCAGGUGCUUGUGCUGGCGGCCUGCUUGUGA